AUGGCGUCGUCGUCUCAACUUCAACCAGAGAAGAAUAAGGUGCGGGUCAUCUGGACAAAGACAAUGAAGAGCACUAUGAUGUCAACGAGUUUCGGAAUCUCAUCAACAACGAAAUUUCUCCAUCCUUCCUUUCUACCCAAGGGAUUAAAUUUGUACCUUGUCCAGAAAGAAAGUCGAUAUGCUGGAACUGUGAAACAGACCAAGACCAGAUUAUAA